GAACCUCCCAUAUUUGGUCGGCUUCCUCUGAUCGUCGCCGCCUCAUGAUGGCGCGUCUGUGUCGCGUGCUGCGGCCGCGCGGCGGGCUGCUGCUCAGAGAGCGGGACUCCGUGUUCCGGUUGGCGGGCCUGGCAGUCCGGUUCCACAGCACCCAGACGGCUCCUCACAUCCCCGGCAUGGAGUACCAGGACGCAAUCUGCACCCUGAACACGCUGCAGACCAACGCCAGCGCGCUGGAGCAGGUGCGCAGGGGGAGGAGCCACCCUCAGGUGCAGCUGGAGGCCAUGACGGGCUUCCUGGAGCGGGCCGGGCUCAUGGUGGAGCAGCUCGAUCAUCUCAACAUCAUUCACGUGACGGGAACAAAGGGCAAGGGAUCCACGUGUGCUUUCACAGAACAGAUCCUCAGAACCUACGGCUUCCGGACCGGAUUCUACAGCUCGCCACACCUGGUCCAGGUCAGGGAGAGGAUCCGGAUCGACGGGCGGCCAAUCAGCAAGGACCUCUUCACCAAAUACUUCUGGCAGGUUUACGGACGGCUGGACGAGACCAAGGCGGCCCACGGAGGCUCGAUGCCGGCCUACUUCAGGUUCCUCACCAUCCUGGCCUUCCACGUCUUCCUGCAGGAGAAGGUGGAUUUAGCCGUGAUUGAAGUCGGCAUCGGCGGAGCGUACGACUGCACCAACAUCAUCAGGAGGCCGUGGGUCUGUGGCAUCUCCUCUCUGGGCAUCGACCACACCCAGAUUCUGGGGGACACCAUCGAGAAGAUCGCCUGGCAGAAAGGAGGGAUCUUCAAGCCGGGCGUUCCCGCCUUCACCGUCCCGCAGCCGGAGGACGCCAUGGCGGUGCUGAGGGACCGCGCCAGAGAGAUAAAGUGUCCUCUGUGGGUCUGCCCUGACCUGGACCAGUACCAGACGGAGUCCGGACCGCUACAGCUGGGCCUGGCGGGGCAGCACCAGCGCUCCAACGCCUCGCUGGCGCUGCAGCUCAGUCACACCUGGCUGCAGAGGAGGUGUGGACCAGAUCAAAUCGGACUCCUUCCUGACCCGGAGAACAGUUCUGGAUCUCAGGCGGCGUCCUUUAAGCCCGGCUCCGCUAUGGUGAAAGGCCUGGCGGACACGGAGUGGGCCGGCAGAACCCAGACGCUGCGGCGCGGCGCCAUCACCUACUUCCUGGACGGAGCGCACACCAGGCGCAGCAUGCAGGCCUGCGUCCAGUGGUUCCGAGAGGCCGCGGCCCAGCGAGCCCGCAGCGCCAGCGGCGCCGUGGUCCGAGUGCUGCUGUUCAACGCCACGGGAGAGAGGGACUCUGCCGCCAUGCUGAAGCUGCUGCUGCCGUGCCGCUUCGACCUCGCCGUGUUCUGCCCCAACAUCACUGAAGCCGCCGCCUCCUGCAACGCAGACCAGCAGAACUUCAACGUGUCCGUGGAGAACAUGCUGACCCGUUGCCUUGACAACGAGCAGAGCUGGCGUCUCCAUCAGGACCGGCGAGACGAGGCGCCGGCGCCGCUGAUCGACGGCCUGCCGCUGCUCGCCGACAGGAAGACGGACACGCAGGUGUUCCCCUGCAUCCUCAGCGCGCUCCAGUGGAUCGCCCAGGGCAGAGACCCGGUUCUGACCGACCCGGCCCAGACGGUGCCGCCGGUCAGGCCCAGCGUCUCCGCCAAGGCCGCGCCUCUGCGGGACGCCGCCGAGGUCCACGUCCUGGUCACCGGCAGCCUCCACCUGGUGGGCGGAGCCCUGAAACACCUGGACCCGGAGUCGGCCAAGUAGAGCCGAGGAGCCGGUCCGGAUGGGUUAGACGGGUCGGAACCGCACCGGGGAAAGGCUUAACUGGACUCUCCAGGUGGGGUUCACUGUGACGGUGGAUCGGGUUCUUCUGUCCAGAUGCUGAAGGUUCUACACCAAAUGGACCGCCAGCUGUUUACCAUCCAGACCGUGGUUUAAAUUUUGUGUCCAAACCCAAAUGAAACCAGAACCGAACCAACUAUGACCCAGUUUAGCUUUAGAACUGGUGCUGUGAGUCCGUUCUGCUCUUCAGGCGUUCGUUCAUCUGCUGGAUCACCUUUGCAGAGAACCAGCGGGGGUCCGUUUGGUGGGUGAGGGCCCAGAACCUGGUUCUGAUUGGACUCCAGCUUUGCCUUACAGACGACCAUUUUUCCAGAGUUACUUGAAGCUGAACGCGUUUACAUGAACCGACCCGGGACCAGCUGCGGGUUAAACUGGACCCGGUACGAACCAGAACCAGAACCUCUGCCUUCAUGAUGCCGGUCUGUUCGUCUUCUACACAAGAGUCCGACACUAACGAUGCUGCCUGAUUAUUCUGAUCCGUUUCAUGUCGGAUUUAUUUAAAUGAGCCUUAAUUUAAGCGGUUAUACUGACACCUAGUGGUGGGGAGAGGUACUGAACUUCAGCUUUAUAAUUAUUCUGUAAAGUUUCCCAGGUCAGAUGCUCCUAAACAUGGGAAGAAAAUGUUCUGCAUCUAAAAAUAAUAAUUGAAUAAUAUAAAAAUUUAAAUGUUCAACCAUAUUUAUCUGGAUCUGAUGUGAUCAGCUGUUCUGUUUGAACACAUUAACAGUAAUAGGUGUAUAGUUAAUUUGUCCAAGAAUUAAUCUCUAAAGUCCCACCCUUGCCUUGGAUUUUCCUCAGCAGCAGCGGGACUGAGAGCGUUUGGCUCAAUAAACCUGUCAGAAAAUGUUGAAAUGAUGGAUGUGGUGAUGGUGCCAAUAAAAUGUGAGCAAAAAAAACAAA